AACCACACAAUGACUGCCAGAUAUCUUAUCAAUUAUCAGGAAUUUCCCGACGUCACACAAAUUCAAUAAUAUAAAAGCGUUUUGUUGAUAAUUGUUUAGUAUAGUUAUAUGAGAUACAUGUGAGUUUUCACAACCUUAUGUUAACAUGUCUCUUAUAACAGACAACCUAACAUUCGAUUUAGUUGCAAUUCUAGCAACAAUCCUAGUUGGGAUAAUUGUUUACUUCAAAUGGCAGUUGUCGUACUGGGACCGCCUAGGUGUACCAAGCCUAAACCCUGUGUUAUUUUUCGGCGAUAUCAAAGAUUUUAUUCUUGCAAAAUGUACCCUUGGUGAGCAAUUUAAAGAAUUUUAUGGCAAAUUUAAAUCAAAGGGCUACAAACACGGUGGCAUUUUCUUGGGUCCGAAACCCUUUUAUGUCCCAAUAGACCCAGAACUCGUCAAACAUAUUAUGCAAAAAGAUUUCCAACAUUUCGUUAAUCAUGGCAAUUAUUUCGACGAAGAUGCCGAUCCAUUAAGUGGACAUUUGUUCAAUUUGGAAGAUGCCAAGUGGAAAAAUAUGAGAAUUAAACUAACACCGACUUUUACUUCUGGAAAAAUCAAAAUGAUGUUUCAAACUUUGGCCGAUUGCACUCGCGGUCUUAAAGAAAUUAUGGACCAUUCGGCCCUAAAUCACGCCCCGGCUGAUAUCAAGGAUAUUUUGGGACGUUUCACAACUGAUAUCAUUGGAUCAGUUGCUUUUGGUAUCGAGUGUAAUAGUCUUAAAGACCCGGAUGCUGAGUUUAGAAAAUACGGCCGAAAAGUUUUCGAAGUUGGAUUUAUAGAUAGACUUAAAACCAUCUGCAUACUGUCACUACCUCAUCCCGUGCUCCGAUUCUUCAAAUUAAAAUUUACUAAAUCCGACGUCGAAAAAUUCUUCAUGAGUGCUAUUCGUGACACUGUCAACUAUCGAGAGAAAAAUAACAUCUAUCGUAAAGAUUUCAUGCAUUUAUUGCUCCAAUUGAAAAACCGUGGUUUCGUCGCCGACGACGGAAAAGUAACAGAUGAGAAAGAAAACGUAAAAGAAAAAGCUCUGACUUUAAACGAACUCUCAGCACAAGCUUUCGUUUUCUUUUUGGCCGGCUUUGAGACAUCAUCGACAACAAUGACUUGGGCCUUAUACGAAUUAGCAACAAAUCAAGACGUACAGGAAAAAUUAAGAAACGAAAUAAAUAAUGUUUUGAGCAGACACGACAAUAAACUGACUUACGAAGCGAUGAUGGAAAUGACUUACAUGGAAAAAGUUAUUCAUGAAACUUUGCGAAAAUAUCCUCCUUUGCCAAUUCUCACAAGAAAGUGCAACAAGGAUUACACAAUUCCUAACACUUCUAUUAAACUAAGUCGAGGUACUGCGGUCGGAAUUCCAGUUUUAGCACUUCACACCGAUCCUGAAUAUUACUCAAAUCCAGAAAAGUUCGAUCCUGAACAUUUCAGUGAAGAAAAUGUCAAAACUAGACCCGGAUUUACUUGGCUGCCUUUUGGUGAUGGACCCAGAGUUUGUAUUGGUUUGAGAUUUGGAAUGCUACAGAGCAAAGUCGGUUUAACAGCACUUUUGAAGAAUUAUAAAAUCAAGUUGAGCAAAAAAACGGAACUUCCCAUCAAAUUGGAUCCGAAAUCUUUUAUUACGACGGCAAAAGGCGGAAUUUGGUUGGAUGUAGAAAAACUGGACUAGGGAGAAAAUCCUUGUUCUUGUACAUAACUUAUAAAAAUAUUUGAUGCUUUUUGUGCUUAAUAAAUAUGACUGAAUUUGA